CGUACCUAAUUAAGCAUGUGUAACACGCGCGGCGAUUAUAAAACAAAACAGGCGCUCGCCCUUUGUUUACUAAAUGACGCAGAGGCGUGGGGCAUGAGGCUCGAUGCAAUCUACGGAGCGCGGAGUCGUUUACCUUCCAUGCGACGAGACGGUCGCCAUGUGCGUAGAUGCGUGAGCGCAGCGGCAACGACGCGCGGCAACGGGCUCGCGCACGCGCACGGGCAGAGAGGCGGAGCCGGCGGCUGCGCGCGGACGAUGGCGCGCUGGCUGUGGGCGCUGACGCUGCUGGCGAGCGCGCAGGCCUGGCGCCCGCCGGCACGGCCGCUGCUGCUCUCGCCCGCGGCGCCCAUGCGCGCCACGCGCCAUGCUCAUUCCAUACAUCACAUGCACCUUUUCGGAUGGCACCUGGAGCUGCAGGAGAACCACGCUAUCCGCUCGCCGUACUACACCGAGUGCCAGUUUUACACGGGGCGCGUGCUGUACGAGGACUCGUCCUCGGUGACAGUAACGGAGUGCGGCGGGCAGCUGUACGGACUGCUGCAGGUGGGCGGCGAGGAGUUCGUGCUGCAGCCGACGCGGCCACAAGGCAGGCAGUCGCAUGUGCUGCGGCGGCGCGACGUCGUGCUGUCGGACCCGCCCGCUGCCUACAACCUCACCGGUGACACGGUCGCCGACCUCGAGUUUGACUUCGACGAUGAGCCGCCCUCGCCGCAUGUGCACGUGCGCAACAGUGACCACUCGGAUGACGUCCAAAACUUUCAUGGUUUGCGCCCGGUGACCCGCCCGGUGUCAGGCGUGAAGGGCCUGUGGCUCGAAAUGGCUAUCGUGGCCGACCAUACGAUGUUGAAGUUUCACGGUCAAGAGCGAGUGAAGCAUUACAUUUUAGCUCUAAUGAACAUUGUCAGUGCCAUCUUCAAUGACCCGUCGCUCAAUUCAAACAUAACUCUCGUCAUCAACAAUUUGUUUAUGUACGAGGAAAAGGAUCCAAUUAUAAAAUAUGGAAAUGUGCGAAAAUCAUUAGAAGGUGCAAAUAAAUGGAAUUACAGACAUCUUAUGAAGUUACCUGCAGAUAGUACUGGUUGGGAUGCUACCGUUUGGCUGACACGGGCGCCGUUGGGCGGGCCAUCGGGCUUCGCCUCCGUCGGUGGCAUCUGCACCCGCACGCGCUCUGCCGCCAUCGACAGGGACGAAGGGCUUACCAGUGCUUUUGUUAUCGCACACGAACUUGGUCAUCUUUUGGGUUUAACACACGACGGCGAAGGUCAAUGCCAAUCGGAUUCGGAGCGAGGGUCAGUGAUGGCUCCCACAGUUCUCGCCACGAUGCAUCACUUCUCAUGGUCUUCGUGCUCCAAGGAGCAGUUCCACGAGAAGUCAAAGAAGUGGUGGUGUUUGCACGAACGAAGUCAGGACGAAGGUGUGGAACUAGGAGGUGCCAAAGAACUUGCCAAUUUUCACUUCACUAUGGACGAGCAGUGCAGAACGGAAUUCGGUGAAGGGUUCUCCGUAUGCAAAUCUAUAAAGAUGAGAUCUGUUUGCGCCAAGCUGUGGUGCGCCCAUCGCGCCAUGCCGCACGUCUGCCGCUCGAAGCGCGCGCCGCCGCUAGAGGGCACGCGGUGUGGCACUAAUAGGUGGUGCGUUGACCAUGUGUGCGAGUUGAUGCCGGGUCACGGUGGUGAAGGCAAAACUCACGAAGGGGAGGGUCCAGGCACCGCGGAGUGGAGCGAGUGGGGAGCGUGGAGCGAAUGCGACGCCGACUGCGGGUACGGCAUCAGGACACGCACACGACGCUGUCGGUACAAAGGGUCGGUCUCUGAGAGUGCUUGCGAGGGCGCCGGCUCCCAAGUGUCGGUGUGCUGGAAGGGGUCCGCGUGCGCGGCCACGCGGGACAUUCGCGCUGACAUGUGCGUGCGGCAGGCCAGCCACCUCAUACCCCACGUGCAACCAGAUGAGUCAAAAAACUGCGAAGCAUGGUGUGUAGACUACGCCGGAGGGGAGCCUUCUAAAUUUGGACAUCUGCCUGACGGUGCGCCUUGCAGCUACCAGAGACCGUUUGACCUUUGCUCACAGGGUACAUGUGUUAAAGGACAAUGUAACGCGACGGAUCCGGCCUGCAACUGGUGCCCAGAUGGUUACUGUAAUAACAAUACAUAUGUUUAUACUCGAACACUUGGAAAAGGUUGGUCACGUUUAACGGUGGUACCACACGAGGCCCGCUUGCUAUCAGUCCAUCUGUCCACACCGGUUGCAUUGAACAUCGCGAUCCGAGAACGUAAAAAGAACAGACCUAUCUUGGAGCUGGCGAAACAUCAUGCCAAACGAUUUGAACUAGAAAAUAAAGAAGAUAAAUAUUUGAAGUAUGAUCCUAAUGUGCCACAGAACCUGCAGAUAAUAGAGGUAGAUAGCAACGUGAUAAAUAUCAAGGAGGGGGAUAGGUUUGGAUGGGAGGGGGAGGUAGUUGCUGCAGGUAGCCAGGUGCGGUGGAAGCAGACCGAUAAUGACAUCUUUAUAACAUCGGACUCCCGGCUACAGACGGAUUUAAUGAUUAUGGCUGCUCCAGAACGGCCGUUGGAAGAGAAAAUCUCCGUAGUAGUGUCAGUCAACUACAGCACACCCGCACCGAAAGCGCGACCUAUGGAAUACAGAUGGCCGGGUGACCGCGGGCCGUGUUCAGUGUCUUGCGGUGGCGGCAUGCGCUUGGUGCGACAGCGGUGUCCACGCGAACAGAAUUGUCCGCCCACGCGCUACGAGCGUUGUAACUCACACAGUUGUGAAUUCAUGUGGGCGCCGGGUGACUGGGAGGAGUGCAGCGCCACCUGCGGUGCUGACGGCGUACAAGAGAGACAACUAUUCUGUGUACCUGCUAAUAUUAGUGUAUUAACAAAAAAAGAACUGGUACGGCGUAGUGUAUCGCCGGCGCUGUGCCCGCCGAGCAAGCCAGAAAAGCAGCAGCCUUGUAACCGCCUGCCCUGCCCCGCCUACUGGCAGGAGAUGCCCUGGACUCCGUGUUCAGCGACAUGUGGACGAGGUAUCUCGCAACGACCACUGGUGUGUCCAGCGUCAGACGAGAGGCUGUGCGGGCCGAAGCCCCGUGAGCACCGACGCCGCUGCAGAUUGCGCCACUGCCCGCCCCCAGAGCGACUACUCACGCACUGUCCCGCUAGCGACGGCACGCAGUACUGUGAACUCUUCGCUCGAGACCAGCUCGAAAGGAACUGUGUUGUACCUCCCUUUCGGAAGUACUGCUGUAACGCCUGUCGUGCUAUUGAACCCAACUCGGAUAAGGGCAUUUAGUGUACUGCUUGCUAUGCUGACGUAGGUUGGUAAAACUAGCGCUUUUAGCACGACUAGUUGGUUCUUGUGUGAAUCACAUGCGUGAAGCCUUCAAACCAAAUGGGGUAACGACGUUCGAUCGCAAAGAAAAGCUUUUCGGUUAUCUUACAACUAGAAGCAUUACAAAUUCCGAUCGUUGAAGAGGACUCUUGGAAUUAAUAGGGUUAUAGGUAAAGUAGAAUUUUGAUAUAGAUUUUUUUACCAUCUAUAU